AUGGCGAUUGCGUUCCUGUGGACACUGCAAAACCUCUGGCCAUUCAGAUUCGACGAACUCAAAGCUUCCAAACGAAUCGUCAACAAACUCAACAUCCCCGAACACACCAAGCAGUUCGUCUUCGCCGUUCACAACCCAGAAACCCAAUCCAUCAUCUACAUCCUCUCCGCCGUCAACCUCUCCGAGCGAUCAGCCUCCGACGCGCAGUCCCUCAUCAGGGAAAUCAAACCCGACGCUGUUGUCGUUCAAGCGGGUCUCUCUCCGUUCUCGCAGAUUCAAGAAGAUGAAGGAGAAGGAAACGACGCCGUAUUGGAGAAUAACCCGGUACCCACUUCUUCCUUUGGUGUGAUUAAACGCUGUUUUGUUGAUAAGAUUGGUAGGGAUAAGUAUGAGAGUGUUGCUGGGAAUUUCGUGCUUAGGGAGAUUUUUGGAACCAGUUUUCAUGGUCCCUUAUUGGCGGCGAAGAAAGCCGCUGACGAUGUUGGAUCAUCUUUCAUUGUCAUUGACUCACCUUUAGGGAAAUCUUGUUGGGGUGGUAGCAAUAAUGAUAAUGAUAAUAAUAAUAAUGAUGAUGAUGAUGAUGAUAAUGGUGGUGGUGAGAAUUCUGGUAGAUCCCAUUUUCAAAGCCUUGUGAGUAGUUUGAUUCCUCAGCAGCAAGGUGCUGCUAUGAAGGUGAAGAGGUUUUGUCUCAAUGAUGAGGUUAGGAUGCAGAUGGUAAAGGCUUUAUCUGGCUAUAAUGGUUCUCUUUUUCUUGGUAAUGGGAAUAAGGCUGGUUCGGUUUCGGAGGGUGGUUCUGUGGGAAUUCAGCCAAAAGCUAGUUAUGAUUAUGAAACUCCGGGUUUUGCUAAGUCUAUCUAUCCUUUACUUGAGGACUUGCAUUAUAUUUUUUCUGAUAUUCCGUCGAUGGGACAGGCGCUAGCGCAUGUGCAGAAGAUGCUGUUGGAUGUGAACAGAGGGGAGGUUCUUGACAACAGAACUGUUUCUGAGGUUUAUACUUUCCGGGUAGCGGUUGAAGGGCUUAGAGUAGCUCUGAAUAAUAGGGGGUUACAGCCAAUUAGCGGUCCCAAGUGGAGGAAGAUUGAGUUCUCGGAGCUUCCAUUUGACGACAAGUCACAAGUGCUGUUUGCACAGGCCAUACGUAGCCAGACGGAUAAGUUUAAGACCGUUGUGGCUGUAGUGGAUGCUAGUGCUUUAGCAGGUCUUAGGAAGCACUGGGAUACUCCUCUUCCUGGAGAAGUGAAAGAGCUAGUUGGGCAGCUGAUCACAAAUUCUGAAGAUGAAGGGGAUGUUGUAAAUCAAAGCGACAGGAAGGGGUUGUUAGCAGGUAAACCUGUGGUGGCAGUUGGGGCUGGUGCAACAGCAGUUCUAGGAGCUUCAUCUCUGACCAAAGGAGUCCCUGCAUCAACACUGUUGAAGGUUGUUACUUUCAAAACUCCAGCUUCACUCAAGAUCGUUCUCAGCCAGAUGCAGAGAGCAAUGGCUUUUGCUUUUGGCCCAUCUAAAGUUGUGGCUCCAGGAUUUGCAACUUCUGGAAUCAAAACCUCUGGUGUCCUGAAGACAGCUGUAUCUACUGAAAAGAUUCGAGCCGUUACUCACAGUGUUAUAGCCUCUGCUGAAAAAACCAGUAUUUCAGCUAUGAGGACAACGUUCUAUGAAAUAAUGAGGAAGCGAAAAGUCCGGCCCAUUGGGUUCUUGCCUUGGGCUACAUUUGCAGGCAGCGUUGGAACUUGCACAGGCUUGCUUUUGUGUGGUGAUGGGAUUGAGUGCGCUAUUGAAUCUCUCCCUGCAGCCCCCUCAAUUGCCAGUUUGGGUCGUGGAAUUCAACAUCUACGCGAGGCAUCACAAGCAGUGAUGAAAACAGAAGGAACUAGAAUCCAAGGAUCAAUAGAAUCUCUUGUAAACAGAAUAAAGAAGGCAAGGGAUCAAUAG